AAAAGUUUAAUGGCGUGUGUAACCCUGAGUUUGUUCGCGUCUCUCUUCAUUUUGGCAUCGUCAAGCAAAAAAUCAGGUUCAAACAUUGUGAAUGUUUAUGUUUCUCUUCAUGGAAAUGACACUAAAACUUGUGGAAGUCAAAGUCUCCCUUGCCAGUCCAUUGCCCAAGCGGUUCGUCGCGUGGGCUAUGAUGGGAUCAUUUAUCUGGACGGCCGUGGGACCAAGAAACGCCCAUAUGGUUGCAAAAACGAUCGAAAUAUUUUAAUGUAUCAUCCAGGUAUUUACGUGAACAAGAGCUUGACUGUUCGGAGCUUCUACUCCACCCCACACGUUUCAUGUACAGGAGGAUUUCAUUUCCAGAAGGCAAAUGGGAUGCACCUUACAUUUACGUUAGAGUUUUCAGGAAUCGCUUUUCAACAAACUCCACUCAACUGUAAUGACUGCCAACGCAUCACAAUCCACAACUGUUCCUUUCAUAAUGCUUCAAGAGCCUUGGGCAUCAAAAUACAGAACAUUACAUCUUUCCAGCUUGACAUUAAAGGUAGUUCAACUUUCCAAAACAAUUCACAAUGCAUCAGUUUCCUUUUACUCAAUAACACUAAAGCAAAAAGUCAAAAUGUUACACUUACAAUCAAAGAUGUAGUCUUUAAAAGAAACGGUCUUUACUGGCACUCUACUGGAAGAGAAAUCGUAAAGAUCAGAUCAGUCGCAAAAAAAUGUUCUUGUCCUGUAUACAUUCACGUUUUUUGCACUAAAGUUAAAAGUUCUUACAAUGGAGGAUCCUUCCUACAUCUUAACGUUCCAAAUGCGAUUACAAACGAAAUAUUCGAAGAUGUCGAUCUAAAUCACAAUGGAAAAAGUCACAGAAAUCAUCUACGACGUUUAUAUUUCUCACAUGCUAGAGAAACUAAAGCAAAAUUCAUCUUCCUGACCUGCCAUAACAACCUAAAAGCACAAUGCAUUGUGGUUCAGUCAGACAGGGCUGAUAUAUUCAUUGCAGAAUCGCUUUGUUACAACCAAUCUGCAGCUUUAAAAAGUUCGGGUUCUUGCUUGUCUCUAGAGGCUGGUAUUAGUGCAUCGUUAAGAAUCGUAAACUCCAACUUCCAUCAUAAUGAAGCUCGUGCUGGCGGAUCACUUUUUGCCAAUAGCAAACGCGGAAUUUUAAAAGUCGACCUCGCCAAUGUUACAUUUAGUAGAUGCAAAGCCAGAAAUGGUUAUGGAUGCGUAAUAUCAAUUGCAAGAACCGUUCAAGGCUCGUAAAAAAUCCAGUGGGGUCCUCGCAAGUUAAAUUUUACGCUCAGAAAUGUAACAGUUCAACAAUGGGAAGGAAAUCCUGGACAAAGAGCAUAAAGAUGCAUUGCUAUAGACGUUGUGCUAGAUGGUGGAAUUGUGACAUUAGAGGGAUCCACGUUCAUGAAGGACAUGGUAACAACAGGCUACGGAGCUUUCAGUCUGGUUACCACUGGAGGCAAAAGUAACAUUACAAUUUCAAAAUGCGUUUUUAAGGACACUUCAAAGGAAGCAACGGGAGGAAAUAUAAUCUACAUAAUCUCCAGAAAUGGCAAUGCGGGGAUGGUAACAAUUUCGAACAGUCUAAUACAAAACAAAUUAAACAAUAAAGUAGCUUUGUUCAUUAGUCCCAAUUACCGCAUUAAGCUAUUCAACGUUACACUCAUCUCUCAUAGAUAUGCAUUACAAACUAUACAAAGACCGGCGAAAAACGGUUCUUUUCCAAUUGACAUUUUCAUCGAUAAAUGCUCCUUUAUCGAUAAUAUAUACGACGCCAUGUUCACAUUUCACGGUCAAACAUCAGUUCAACUAACCAUUACAAACACGCUUUUUAGCACGAGUAAAGAAGCAUUUAAUUGGGAUGACAAUGGCCGCAGCUAUGCUAUACGCCUGAUGAUACCACCUCUUGAGCAUGUCAACUACUCAAAGGCAGUCAUCCAACUCGACAACAACGAAUUCCUCCAUAGAUCUGCCAGCUAUUUUGCUCUCUUUUUCGCGGGCCUCAAAAACGUGACAGUUAAACGAUCGCUCUUUCGCAAUUGUCGUUCCAGUGCUUAUAAAGC